AUGGAGACUGAAUCUACGGAAGGAUCGCGGUGGCGAUCUGUAGACGUAGAGCCCUGCUCUGAAGGUCAGGGGUCCACUUCGGAACCGUUUCCUUCUUCAGAUGGCGGUCCUAGGUCUGCUCUGGCAACCGCAACCACAGCAGCUGCAGCGGCUACAUCAGCUGCUGAAGCCACUGCAGCCGUCAACACUGCCAAAGCAGGAGCAUUAUCUCCACAGGCCCCAGCGCCCUAUUCUGAGCUCACGGAGCCCUCCUCUGAUCUCAGUCUUCUUGGGGAGCCACGGGGGGGACCCAGCUUUACCCACAAAAUAGGCCAUGGGAGUCUUGGCUUUGAACCCACCUAUGUUUCCUGUAUUACUGGGGAUCCCUGUACUGCAGCUGCCCUUAAUUCUAUCCCUAGCCUUGUUCCGGGCUCCAGCUCUGGCCCUGUUCCAGGCUCUAGCUCUGGUGCUGGCCGUGGCUCUGGUCCUGGCCAAGGCUCUGUCCCUGGCUCUGGCUCUGGUCCUAGCCCUGCCUGUGGGCCUGGUCCAGGCACUAGCCCUGGCCCUGAGCUCAGCCCCUGCACUCCUUCAAGGUUUGGAAAUCUCACAGCAGAUCUCAUCCCUGAUUAUACCUGCUGGAAUCACCAUUGCCAUUGGGAGCCUCAGAAACAACCACCCUGCGAAUUUCUGCAAGUCUCAGAACCUGGUGCCCGAGGGCUAUGGAAACCCUCAGAGGCUAAAGGGAAACCUAAGGUUUUCUGUGAAAUGUUGCCACGGGGCCAGUGUCUCCUCCACAACUGGGAGGAAGAGAGAGCUACCAACCACCUGGAUCAAGUCCCAAGCAUGCAGGAUGGCUCUGAGAGUUAUUUCUUCCGACAUGGACACCAGGGACUGCUGACCAUGCAACUACAGUCACCCAUGCCCUCCAGCACCACCCAGAAAGACUCAUACCGGCUCCCAGGAAACCCCUAUCGGCCACUUAGAGGGAAGCGUGAAGCCAUGCUGGAGAUGCUCCUGCACCACCAGAUCUGUAAAGAGGUGCAGGCAGAGCAAGAACCCACAAAGAAGCUCUUUGAGGUCGAGUCUGUGACACACCAUGACUACCGAAGGGAGCUGGUGCAAGAAGGGCCUCCUGCCCCAACAAAGCCUCACGACUACCGCUGGGAGCAGCCUGAAACCUUCUGGAUACAGAGGGCACCACAGCUACCGGGUGUCAGUAACAUCAGGACAUUGGACACACCAUUCCGGAAGAACUGCAGCUUCUCAACGCCAGUACCCUUGUCUCUGGGGCAGCCUUUGCCCUAUGAACCUGAGAAUUAUCUUUACCAAUUGGGAGAAAUAUCUUCCCUUGCCUGUCAGGGAAGAGGGCAGGGUGGUGGAGCAGGGAGAACGACUCCUGUCUAAGGGCUGAGGGAAGUGGAAUAUAGC